AUGGCAGACACUGAGAGCUGUGCCCUCCAUCUCCCUGCCCUAGAAGAAAUUGCAGCAGUACUGGAAAUCGGGCUAAAAAAGAAUUAUGAAGAUGUACAGGUUAAAGUUGUGGACUGUCCUGAUCUGACACAGGAACCUUUUGAAUUCCCAGUAAAAGGAUUGUGCGGCAAGUCAAGAAUUGUAGAUGUUGGAGGUGUCCCAUAUUUGGUGCCAACUGCACGUCUCGAUAAAAUUUACGACAUUAAUACAGUGGCAAAGCAGAUUGAUCUACCCGGAGCCUACAUACUUGGAGCUGGUGCCGUGUCUCAUAAGAGUGUGAGCAUGAAUGCGGAGCUUAUAUUUUCUGUGCAAGCAGAGAGCUCAUCUUCACCAGCUGUAAAUAGAAACUACAUGGCUAGUGUCAACCCAGCAGAUAACAGCUGCUUACUGGAAACGUACAGGGAUAAAUGUAAGGACCAUGCAUUUGGCCUCCUCUCCAAUCUGUACGCCAGUGAAGGGAGACCAGGAAAGGUCAUUGAGGUGAAUGCAAAGAGGAGGACCGGAAAGGAAAACUUUGUAAGCUGUAUGAGAAAAUCUUUAAAAGAACAUUAUGGAGACAAAGCUGUAGGAAUGGGUGGGACAUUUGUUAUUCAAGAAGGGAAGGCUAAAAUUCAUGUAAUGCCCCGUGAGUUUUCUGCCUGUCCCCUGAAUACAGAUGAAGAUGUUGAUCGCUGGUUGAAUUACUAUGAAAUGAGGGCUCCGCUUAUUUGUCAAUCAGUGUUCGUGUCUCAUGACCCAGGCUUUGACCUGCGCGUGGAGCACACUCACUGCUUCAGCCAUCAUGGAGAAGGAGGACACUACCAUACUGAUACCACACCAGACACUGUGCAGUACCUUGGCUAUUUUCAUCCUGCAGAAUAUCUCUACCGCAUUGACAGGCCAGCUGUCACUCAUAUGGUUGGAAGAGAUUAG